AUGGCUCUGCGUAUAGCUAUGGCGUAUCGGAAGGUUUCGACACCAGCAAUAUUGGUGGUGGCAGGGACCAUCCCGGCACACCUCGUGGCUAGAGAAAGGCAGGAGAAAUACAGACAAAAAUGGGACGAGUCAGAAAAGGGAAGAUGGACGAGAAGACUCAUUAAGGAUAUAGAUAUAUGGACAAAUAGAGGUUUUGGAAAUGUAGACUUCCACUUAACCCAAAUGUUGACCGGUCAUGGAUGUUUCGGGUACUACCUGAACAAAUACAAAAUUCGUGCAAGCUCGGAAUGCGUGGACUGUCAAGCCCCUGUCGAUGAUGCGGAACACACGAUUUUCAUGUGUGAUAGAUGGUGGCGGGAGAGGAGGAGCCUCGAAGUCAAUGUAGGAAGUGAUAUCGGAGCGGAAUCAAUUGUACAAAUCAUGUUGCAGUCCAAGAGGAAUUGGCUGGCGGUGAAAACAUUCGUCGCAAAAUCCCUGGGCACAAAAGAAGAAGAAGAGAGGCAGGCGGAAAGAAGAAGAAUGCUGAAUUGA